AUGAGAAACGUUUAUGCUGAUGCUAUAGCAACUCCAAAUAAUUUUGUUUAUUUAACAGGUUUAACACCAACAACAUUUGAAGAAGUCUAUCGUCAAUUUCAACAUGUGGCUACUCAACGUUUACAAUCAACGAAAGCUCGUGUUCAUAUUAGAUUAAUCGAUCGAAAUCUUCUCUUCUUGUUGACUCAUUGGCUUCGAUGUUAUCCAACUUAUCCUCAACUAUGUUUACUAUUUGGUGUUAAUCGUACUCAAAUUUGUCGUUAUAUUCAUCGUUUUGUACCUGAUCUGGCUGAAGCUCUCAGAACCGAAAUAAAAUGGCCAUCAAUAAAUGAACUAGAACAGCAACUCUGCAGACAUCCAGCUAUUGGCUCUUUUAUUGGCUCAAUUGAUGGUAUUCGUCAUCGUAUACAACGACCAGAUAAGAUUUAUUUGAGGUCUGCAAAAAAAAUAUUCGAGUUAAUUUUUUUAUUUACUCUAGGUAAACGUCAACGCAUAUAUUACAGUGGUAAAACAAAAUAUCAUUGUCUGGGAAGUAUUUAUAUUAUUGGCAAUGAUAGAAAAUUAAUAUUAAUCCAAAGUGGUUUUUUUGGAUCGUAUCAUGAUUCAAAAAUAUUUAACAGCCUUCAAUUUAGAAUGAACAAUCCAGUUCCAUCGCACACAUUUAUCUUGGGCGACACAGGAUUUGCAAACAAACCAUCAACUAUCACACCUUAUCGAAAAAACAAAUUACAACGCUCUGGCAUUACCGAAUUUCAACGUUUAUUAUAUAAUCAAACGUUAGCAAGUUAUCGUGUUUAUGUUGAGCACGUCACACAUGAGUUCAAGUUGUACAAAGUGCUGUCGAACAAUUAUCGUCAUGAAAAAUUUAAUCUGAAUUUUUAUAAACAAAUUAGUUUAUGUGCAGCGUCCUUGGCAAACAAACGUUGUAAUGACUUUUAUGUAACAGCAAUAUGA